AUGGCUGCGCAGAUUGCUUGGAUUGGCCUUGGCAACAUGGGCCGAGGCAUGGCCAAGAACCUUGCAGCAAAAGGCCCCCUCACCUCCUCUUUGAUAAUAUUCAACAGAAAUGCCAAGCGUGCGCAUGAUUUUGCGUCUCAACAUGCGAACACCAUUGUUGCAACAUCUAUCAAGGAGGCUAUCUCUAAAGCUGAUAUCAUUUUCACUUGCGUCAGCGACGAUGCUGCUAUCCUCGAAAUCAUAAGUUCUGGAACAAACAGUGGAGAUAUCAAAGGAAAGCUCUUUGUCGACCUGUCGACUGUACACCCCGACACCACCGCGACCAUCGCUAGCAAGAUCCAAGAAUUCGGUGGCCGCUUCGUCGCUAGCCCUGUUUUCGGUGCUCCCGCCAUGGCAGAAGCUGGACAGGUCAUUUGCGUCCUGGCAGGUCCCAAUGAAGCCGUUCAACAGGUUGUGCCUUACACCACUGGUGUCAUCGCCAAGUCAUUCCUGGAUUUCAGCGGCCAAAUCCCUGCCAAGGCAUCCCAGUUGAAGGUUAUGGGUAACACCUUUGUCAUCAGCAUGGUAGAGACAAUCGCAGAGGGACUGGUAGUUGCUGAGAAAUCUGGCCUGGGAACUGAUGCUAUGCAUCAAUUCUUCGAGGCUGUGUUCUCAGGCCCUUACGUGGCCUAUUCGAAUAGGAUGCGCAGUGGUGACUACCAUAAGAGACCCGAGCCUCUCUUUUCGGUUGACUUGGUCCGUAAGGAUGCUCGUCACGCCUUGGACAUGGCCAGAACCUCUGGUGCUACAAUGAAGGGUGUGGAGCUUGCCGAUCAUUAUUUGGCUCAGGUGAAAGAUCGGAUGGGCGAGAAAGGAGAUCUCGCUGGCAUCUAUGGCGCUGUCAGAGAGGAGUCUGGGCUGGAGUUUACAAACUAG